AUGCAUCCCAACCUCAGCGACCCCAACUACAUCGACUGCACAGACAUCAUCGCCGCGCUGAGCAACUGCCACCAAGAGCUCAACUUCAUGGAACGCCAGUUCGGCUGCAACAACAUCCAAGAAAGCAUGAACAAAUGCCUGCACGAAGCGCGCAUGCUGCAGCGCAAACAAAACAACGCCAAGGCCCGCAACGAUAACUCGCUCUCUCAACGGAUCAAGAACGUCAAACCGGAAGAUGCCUUCGGGGCCGAGCGGGGCCGCGAGAUUAGAGAGGAGUACGCGCGUCAGUAUAGGUUGAAGCGCGAGAGGGAUGUUAGCUUUACUAUUAACCGUUAG